CUUUACAAUUGUUCGUGAGUUUAAAAAGAAGUGAGUAGUGCCUCUAACUCUCCAUUGUUGAACGUGAGAGUAAUAUGGAAGCAACCUUCUGUUCAACAUUUCAGAGAUCUUCUCGUGCUGAACCAUUGUUGCUAAGAACAGUCGGAGCUCGCCAUCAGAACCGGUUUUUGCUACCCGUUACGCGCGAUAACAAGUUUUCGCCAUUGCCUUUUGCUCCAACUGGAUAUGGCAGUAGCAAGAUUGCUUUCUUUAAGGUUUUAUCUGCUGAGAAGGGGCAGGUUCAUAUAGUAGAGAAAAGUGGAGUUGAAGAGUUAUAUGAUGAAUUGGCUGCACGCCUUCUGCCUUCAGCAUCAGUGUCAUCAUGCCCUAAUUUUAAGUGUUGGAAAAAGCACUCUUGCACAUGAAGUAGUCAGCCGGGUAAACAAGCUUUGGCCAGAGAGAGCUUCUUCCAUGGACUCCCAGAAUCCAGAGGAAGCACAUGCCAGAAGGGGAG